GGAGCUGAAGCGAAAGAACACCGGGAAGGGCGUCAUGCCUCCGGAGAAAAAGAAGAAGAAGGGUGGUGAGGGGAGAAAGGAGGCCCCCAUCCUGAUAGCCGAGGACCAGCCUUCUUCACAUCCCCCGGCUAAUACGCCCCCUCGUUCUCCUCCCUCUCCUUUUGAUGAGGAGAUUCGGCCGGCGGAGAUUGUCCAGUUCCCUAUCAAGUCGGGGACCUCCGUCUUGCAUGGCACUCUGCACCCCGUCGGGUUCAUGAGGGGAGUAAUGUCCUCGAAGGACAAGUCCGUGUUGGCUCGCUUCGAGGAUGAUAUCCUUGAUUACAAAGUCGCCAGUUAUACUACCAUGGCUGCCCUGGCUGCCUCCGAGCAAGCCCGGAGGGUGGAGCAGCUUAGGAUAGCAAAGGGCCAGGCAGACGAGGCCCUAAAGAAAUCUGAUGAGGAGAUCUCCGCCCUCAGGAAGCGGCUCGCUGAUGCCGAGGAGGCCCUCCGGCUGGAGAAGGAGGACGUGGAACAAAGGCUAAUAGA